AUGUACCCCAAGCGAGAGGCCCUUCGAGAGUCAUGCCGAGAACUGGUCGCCGUCGUCAUCGACGAUGCCACCCCUAAACAGUGGGCAGAUUGGGUUCGAAUCCCGGUGGAACACGCAGCGGCCCAAGGCAAGUUCGACCUCGUGACCGCCCUUCUCAAAGCAGGGGGCACGGGAGCAUCAGGUGUGAGGGGCCGCGGCGGCCGAACUAUCCUCGACGCGGCUGCGAAAGGCGGGAACGGAAACGUGGUCUCCGCUAUCUUGAAUGCAGGCGCGAAGCCGGAUCUUGGGAUACGUUCAGGCAAGAAAAAAAGGGGGCCCCUACACCAUGCGGCACUUCACGGACACGAGGCCGCGACCCGGGUCCUGAUGAUGGCUGGAGCGAACGUCAACUUGCUCGAUGGCGAAAAGCGCGGGGCGUUGGCCCUGGCAAUAAGGGGAGGGCAUGACAACGUCGUGUGUUCCCUGCUACUCGGAGGGGCCAGCCCGAACGGGAAGGACAAGAAGGGAGACUCUCCCUUGCAUGUCGCCGCUGCGUACGGUGGCCAUGCGCGCAUCGUAAGCGCGCUUCUGCUCAAGGGCGCCGACAAGAACGCUCUGGACUUUCAGGGCCGCACCCCCUUGCACGUAGCGGCGCAAAAAGGAGCCCACAACAUGGUCGGGCCUCUUCUGAUGGCCGGCGCGAACCCCGGAAUUCGGUUCGGGGAGCACGAGCUGUCGCCGCUCGACUCGGCUGUUUCGGACGGGCACAUGGGCGUUCUGAGAGCCCUUGUCCUCCACGGGGUAGACAUCAACGCUGGCGAUUCCACCGGGUACACGGCGCUCCACACGGCGGCAGACAACAACCAGGUAGCCGCGGCUCGCGCGCUCGUGGAGGCCGGCGCCGACGUCGAGGCGCGUGACGUCCGGCAGUGGAGCCCUCUUCACAGUGCCGCAAGGUUUAACAGCUGCUGCGAUGUCGUGCGCUCGCUUUUGAGAUGUGGCGCCGACGUCGAUGCCAUCGAAAUGGCUGGAGAGUGCCCGCUGCACAUGGCGGCCAGGACCCAAGCUGAUCGGGUAGUGGACCUCCUGCUGAGAUGGGGCGCCGACGAAGGGAAGGCCAACCACAACGGCGACGUUCCAGUGCCCUUGCUGCGCUUCUUACCACGGCACACAGCCGAUGUUGUCGGGACCAGCGUGGCGGACGACGAGCUAGUGCUCCCGGAAGGGCAGAGGAAAGAGAAAAAGGAGCAUGUGAUUCGCCUGCUGGCGAAUGCCCACGUCGACAGGACCUGGCGCCGCCGCGGUUGGCUUGUCCUCUGCCGCAGCCGCUACCUCUUGAGCAAGAUGCCGCGCGACAUGGUGGAUUGCCACCAAGGUGGAGGAGGUGAAGAUCUGCUCAGGAGUGGAAGUCGCAGUAAUGCGAACAAGAAGAGUAGCGAUGGACGAAACCGUGCCACGAAGAUGAUCCGCACGAUGGCAGCAGCAGCAGGAGGCGGAGGAGGCGGAGGAGGCGGAGGAGGCGGAGGAGGAGGAGGUGGAGGAGGAGGAGGAGGAGGGGGGGGGGCAAGAGGAGCAAGGAGCCGCCACAGUGGUGCCACCUCUCCACUUUUCGGGCAAGCCACUGGUGGCGGUGAUGACAACGGCCGUGCCGCUGCUGUCGCCGCUACCGCCAACACUCGAGCAAACGGGAUCGGGAUUGGAGGAGCCGCCAACUCAAGUGGCAACGACAGUGACGAUGGGGGUGAUGGUACCGACUGGAUCGAAGCCCACCGCAAGUCCUCUGGCGCCUGCUUUGCGCUACUGGCGCUGGCGGAAGUGGACGACGGGUUGUUCCGUAAGGUUGUUGCAUAUAUGUGA